AUGCUAGAUAUCUUCAGUGUUCUGUGGAACAGAAAACCUAGAAUAAACUCUCAGUUGGUGGCACAACAAGUUGCCCAGCAAUAUGCAACCCCACCACCACCUAAGAAGGAGAAGAAGGAGAAGGUGGAAAAACAAGAGAAAGAAAAACCUGACAAAGAGAAGGAAAUUAGUCCAAGUGUUACAAAGAAGAACACUAACAAGAAGACUAAACCAAAGUCGGAUAUUGUGAAAGAUCCUCCUAGUGAAGCAAACAGCAUACAGUCUGGGAAUACUACAACAAAGACCAGCGACUCAAAUCACACUUCAAGACCCAGACUGAAAAAUGUGGACAGAAGUACCGCACAGCAGCUGGCAGUCACAGUGGGAAAUGUCACAGUAAUUAUCACAGACUUUAAAGAAAAGACUCGCUCUUCAUCCACGUCGUCUUCUACAGUGACCUCCAGUGCAGGAUCAGAACAACAGAAUCAGAGCAGCUCGGGCUCUGAGAGCACAGACAAGGGCUCGUCCCGUUCCUCCACGCCCAAGGGGGACAUGUCGGCAGUCAAUGACGAAUCUUUCUGAAAAAUUGCACAUGGAGUUGUGGAAACUAUGAAUCAGGGUAUGAAAUUCAAACACUCCACCUGCCCACGCUGUUCAAAUCCUGGAGAGCCUCUUCUGUGCUUGAACACACUUUCUCGGACAUCGACCUCUUACUGAUGCAACCAGGAUCAUUUCUGCUUGCCGUGGGCAUCUGGCCACCAAGGAAUUUCUCACCCUAGCGAUUACUCUUGACACUUUUAUGUAUUCCAUUGUUUUAUAUGAUUUUCCUAACAAUCAUUUAUAAUUGGAUGUGCUCCUGAAUCUACUUUUUUAUAAUAUCUGCUGUGCACAAUUUUCCAUGAACAUGACAACUUUUUGUUUUGGGGUAGGGAGCGGGCGGGGUGGGAAGGGGGCUUUAUUUAUUGCAUUCACAAACUCCAUCCUCUUUCAACAUAUCCUUUUUAAGUUCAGUUCUUCUUCCAGUUAUACUGUGUACUAUCAGUUUUGAUAUAAAUUAUAUAUAAAUAUAUAUAUAAAUAAAUAUAUAUAAAGGGUUAUUUGAAACCAAUACAUGGAAACGCUGGUGCUUGAAACACUGUGAAGUGACAAAACAAAAUAAUUGAACAGUUCAAGAUCUGGGACAGUCCCCUUCUGUGAAAGUGCUGAAACUGAAAUGGAACUGGUCUUAGGUGAAAAGUGUUCCUGAAGGUUUGAACCUGGAUGGGACCUGUUCUCUCUAUUGUUCCUUCCCCGUUUCCUCCCUAAGCAAUGGCUAAAGCGUACUGGACACGGUUUUGAUUGUUACAGCUUGGGAUCUGAGAUGAGAGAGGAUUGCUCCAGGUAGCUGGUGUUUGCCCUUGGGUCACUCUGGUUGGUGAUGUGCAGGUCCAUGCCCAGAAUUCCCAACCAACCUGCUGGGGUUCCACCACAGCUCCAUGUGUUUGGUAACAUGAGCACGGCUGUGUCAUGCACAGCCAGUCCCACACGUGUUGGUGGUGGUAAUGAAUUCCAGCAGCCUCAGUCCCUGAGGCAACAAGAACUGGAGUGGUUGCUGUGGGUUGAAGGCAGCAGGAAGCCUGGGAGCAAUCCCGAGUUCAGGAACCGAGCUGGGGCUCGCUCCAGCCACGUGUGGGUCGGUGCUUGUCAGCCCUGUUCCAUCUGUCCUGUCCAUGCUGUUGGGGUGGCUCUUACCCUUGGAAUCCAUCUGUAUCCCAAGAGUGGUUUCUGAACAGUCCAGUGAUGGGCUUGUCAGCGUUUGGACACUUCCGAAUCUCCUGCUGUGGGAGCAAAAGUAGGGAAAAGUUUUCAUGCUGGCAAGUGAGUGACGUGUGCUCAUGCUCGUGACCAGCAUCUCCUUCAUUCUUACUCUAAAGCUAUCCAGACUAUAAUUUCUUUUCCUGGCUUGUUAGUGUUGCUUUACAGUUUACCUUCCAUGCAUUAUCCUGCUAAAACACUGGGUUGAAGAGGUGAAACAAACUUUUUUUUUUUAAAAGCAAAACAAACCCCAAACCUCUUUGCCUUUUCAUCUUUAUUUAGUGRCCCCAGGGUGCUUUGCAGUAAUUUCAGGCACAGAGGCUGUGGCUUCAUCUGACAUCAAAUGCAUAACUUUGGGCAUGAUGAAAGAGGGCCACAUUUUGACAACUUUGUGCCUGYUUGUUAUAUUGUGAAUUAUUUGCUUGGCAAGAGAAAGUUCUCUUUGUGGAGGCAACUGAUUUAAGAUUUCUUUUAAAAUCUGUGUGGUUUUGAGUAGCAGACAUAGGUUCCUUUCACACUG